AUGGAACUUGAAACUUAUCAAACUGCCUUUCACUAUGAUAAGGAUAAUCUUCAGCAUCUUGCUCUAGAUAAGAAGCUUCGACAGAAGCUUUUCUAUCUCAAAUCUGCUGAAAGAUUAUUUUUUGCUCAGAAGCUUAAAUGUUUCUUCAAAGAUUGUGACAAGGGCUCAUCUUUCUUCCAUUCCCUCAUGAGUCAGCGACAUCGAAAGAAUUUCAUCCCUGUUAUUCAGCUUAGUAACGUUUCUUGGUCUGGCCCUUGUAUUGAUCUUGCCUCUCAUGCAUCUCUCUUAGCUCCAAUCACUUAUGAUGUUAUUAAGCAAGCUUUAUUCAGCCUUGAUGAUAACAAGGCUUCUGGGCUGGAUGGAUACACUUUCCUCUUCUUCAAAAAAUCCUGGGAUAUUGUUGAUAGUGAUUUUUGUCAUGUAGUCUGUGAUUUCUUUGUCUCUCGAAAACUUCUCAAGCAGAUUAAUCACUCCAUCAUUGCUCUCAUUCCCAAAUCUGCCAAUGUUACUUGGACUGCUGACUUCAGACCUAUUUCUUGUUGCAAUAUGGUGUACAAAGUGAUUUCUAAGAUUCUAUCUACAAGACUUGUUGUUGCCCUUGCAGAUAUUAUUAGCCCUCUCCAAAAUGCUUUCUUGGGAGAUAGAUGUGUGGAAACCUCUUCCUUUUCUAUUGCUGUUAAUGACAACAUUUAUGGUUUCUUUCAAGGAAAGAAUGGGGUGCGUCAAGGUGAUCCUUUGUCUCCUUAUCUCUUUAUAUCCUAUGACAUCAUCUUGCUUUCUCGAGGAGAUAGGCAAUCUGUUGCUUAUUUGUAUCAGCAACUCAUAUCAUUUGGGCACAUCUCUGGCUUGGCAAUUAACAGAGAAAAGUCUUCUAUUUAUUUUGGCGGAGUUGGAGAGCAGAUGAAGCAAGUUAUUCUUCAAGACACGGGUUUUGUGGAAGUUUUGUCUAGCUUUGAUUUAUUUGGUGUGAUGGAUGCUUAUCCUAUUGUGGUUUCAUAUAGAUAUCUUUCUUUAUUUGCUUUGAGAGCUGUCAUCGUCUUUUUUGUUGUUAGGGAUGGCCUUCCCAGAUUGGGAAACCCCUUCAUUGAUGGGUGUCUCGCUGGAGAGUUUUUGUUCCAAUUUGUUGUAGCUGCUUCUCUUACUCAGUCGGUUGAGGCUGUUAGUAUUGCUUUUCAGUUUGCUGAGCCUAUUGAUAUUUGUCUUGCUUUGGUGUUGUAG